AUGUUUGGCAACAUAAUUGAAAUCGACGGCCUUAAUAUUCAUUAUGAAAAAAUUGGAAAUGGAUCUGAAGUGGUACUACUAUUGCCGGGUGGCUUAGGUACCACAAGAACCGACUUUACAGAACAGUUAGACAAUUUUGAUCCAAAAGUAUUUACUCUGAUUGCAUGGGAUCCACCCGGUUAUGGAUUUAGUCGACCACCUGAGCGAAAAUGGUGUCCAGAUAUUUAUCAAAAAGACGCAGAUUUGGCCGCAAAGUUAAUGCAGAAAUUAGACAUUACUUUAUAUUCUCUAAUGGGUUGGAGUGACGGCGCUAAGACAGCACUGUUGAUGGCAAUCAAGUAUCAGUCUGUUAUCGAUAAGACCAUUGUUUGGGGUGCCUGUGCUUACUGUAAACCUGAAAAUAAACGGGCGCUGAUGGCCACUAAAAAUAUAAAGGUUUGGAAUCCGACUGUUCGUCAAUGCUUUGAACGGGUUUACGGCAAUGAGUUGCAACCGAUGUGGGAAAAACUUGUGGAUCACUAUCAGAUCAAUGUGGACGACAUUUGCCGAAAUGAGGCUAAAAAUAUCCGCAGUCCAACAUUCAUAUUGCACGGCGACUGUGAUCCCUUAGUUGAUUUGGAGCACCCCAUGUAUCUCAUGAGCCAAAUACCCGACGCCCGACUCCAUAGAUUUAAGGAAGGAUCUCAUAAUAUACACCAGGAGUUUGCCAAACAAUUUAAUCAAUUAGUUACAGACUUUUUACUUGAAUAAUAUCUUAAGUAUGCUUUUAAAAAGUUAAAAAGUUAUUUUAUUUGUUGAUU